AUGGCACCUUAUGAAGCUUUGUAUGGUAGAAAGUGCAGGUCUCCUAUCAGGUGGUUUGAAAUGGGAGAGUCGAGUCUAUUUGGACCUGAUCUAGUUCACCAGGCUGUAGAAAAGGUAAAGCAUAUCCCAGAACGGCUGCGAAUAACUCAGAGCUGUCAGAAAUCCUAUUCAGAUGUUUGUCGACGAGACCUCGAGUUCCAGUUAGAACUUGUUCACCCAGUCUUUCAUGUUUCUAUGUUGAGAAAGUAUAUUAGAGAUCCUUCUCGGAUAGUACCAGUAGAAAAUGUUCAGGUGAUGGAAGACUUAUUGUAUGAGGAGAUCCCAAUAGCUAUAUUGGACAGGCAAGUCUAUAAGUUAAGAAUGAAGGAAGUGGCCUCCGUGAAAGUUCUAUGGUGCAACAAAAAUGUGGAAAAGGUCACAUGGGAAGCAGAGAAAACAAUGAAAGCUAAAUAUCUGCAUCUAUUCCAGCCCGAAGGUUCUAUAUGA